AUGCAACCCCCAUUCUACCAGCUCAGUGGUGGUCAGCCCCAAUCGACCAGUAUCCCAGUCCCUCCUCAACAUCAUCAGCCAGCUCUAGGAGGCCGGCUGCCGCCGGCGCCACCGCCGGCGGCACUGGUGCAUCAGCAGCGUCCCGCGUCCAUGGUAGGCCCGAUGCCUCUUCAUCCGCAAAUGCAGCGGCCCAUGCCGCCGCCCGCAGCGGCUUCAUUUCCACCACACCCUCCUCACCCUCCGAGACAUCUCAUACCAUCUCACUUCCAGCGCCCGGUCGUCGUCUCCGACCUCCGGGAAGAGAGCGUGACCGAGGAUGAUAUCCGAGAGGAUCUUUCGGAUUACAUCAUUCUGAGGUUCGAGAAGAUCGAGCCGUAUGAUGAGUAUGACUCCGAAGGCGAAGAGGUGAAGGCAAGCUGGGAUAAUUGCAUCAGAACACGCAUUGCAGAUGUAGACAAGGCGGAGGCCCGAAAAGAAAUCCGGCGGCUUAAUAAGGAGGAUGCCAAACGAGGAAAGACGCUCUUGGAGAAGCAAAAUGCCCUCGGAACCAAGCAACAAGACCAACUGGCGAAGGCGCAACGUGAGCUUUCGCUGGAAGAGCACGAUGCGCGCUUCCACACCAAACUCGCCCAAAUUGACUAUACGCUUAAGCCCGUUGUCAACAAACAUGAAAAGAUCUAUACAAGACGACCCAACGUGAAGAAGAAGAUCCACCAAAAGAAGACCUACGAGCGUACUUCCAUCACCGCCUACUUCAGACGCUGUCCAAAGCCGGAGCAGGUACCAAGCGAACUGGCUCGUUGCAUCGAAAUAGAGAAGCAACGAGAGGCUGAUAUGAUGCGGAUGAGGCAUCCCCAGAUGCAGCAGCAGAUGGUCAUGCAUCACGGGCCUCAAGCUGUGCAACCACACCAGCCAGGACCAAUGCUCCACCCACAAGCGGCCCCUAUGUGCGGCCCAGGACCUAUGCCGGGACAAGUGCUUCACGCAGGGGGCAUGCCGAUGCACCACUCUCACCCUGGAAAGGGAUCAGGCCGACCUCAUACACCAAUUCAGGUCGAGGUCGAACAUAGAAAGGACAAGCACCACAACAGUGGCCACUCAAGAAGUUCUGGCAGCUCGGAGUAUUCUGACUUCAGUUCGAGUUCCGGUUUCGGCUCCGAGUCCACUUUAGUCACCGAGCCCUCUCGAUCGUCAGCCUCGUAUAAGGGCAAGAAGCAUUAUGACCACAAGAGGAAAUCCUUGAGGUAUCUUGAAGAGCCGAGGAACUUUGGCGUCGAGGUUCAUCGCCCCCGCCGUCGUCACAGUCUCCUCGAAGAGCCAUCAUAUAUCGUCACCGGAAGUGGAGCUCGUGUCCCCAUCAUCCACGUCCCAACCCCGCCAAGAAAGGCUGCAAUCCCGAUUGAAAACCUUGAUCAGAUCCGGGCCGAUGCCUAUCGUGCAGGUAGAUCCGACGAAAAAGUUGCUUUCCGGCACACUUUGGAUGAUGCCGACAAGCUCGACUUGGCUGCCAGGAGAUAUCAGCCUCGAUAUGCCCCUCGUCCGGAGAUCAUCAAUGGGGGACACGUAUCUCCAGCAAGGAUCCGGCACGUCACGACGAGCGAGGUCGAUCGGCAGCUCGAUGAUGACCUCCGGCGUCUAAGACUCGGCCCUGACUCCCACUACCACGACGAUUUUGGUGACUUCAUCCAUCUUGACGCCCAGCGAAUUCGUGAGGAGCGGGCUCGAGAAGAGCAGGAGAGCAUAAUGCGAGCUCAACUAGACGAGGACGCAUUGUACCGGAGGCGGCGAGAGGAAUCACCGCCGCCCUCUAUCAACCCCUUCACUCCUUUAUCGCGAAGAACAGGUCACGUAUAUGAUAUCGAUCGCGAUUUUAGACGAUGA